AUGUCAUUUGGUGGGUUUGGAUCGUUCGGAUCCUUUGGCCAAUCGUACGGACUAGGGACCAACGGGUUCGAGGUCUCAUUGAAUUAUAUCACAGGAGUCCCAGACCCUAAUGUUUUGACCUCUUCGAGUUUGAAGCUUAUCUUUAAGGCUCUGAUGAAAAGAGACGAUACCACAAGAGAGAAGGCAAUUGCUGAUUUGACUGUUUUUUUCGACUCAAACACCGCCGACUUGGACGAUCUGGCGCUUAUUUCGUGGUGCCAAUUGUAUGCCAAACUGUCGUCGGACAGCUCAAAGAAAGUGCGGCUUACUGCCCAUCAGAUCCAGGGCAAGCUGGUUUCUUUGCUAGGCAAGAAGUACGUCAAGUAUCUCCGAGACACGGUGGGGAUCUGGAUGAGCGGAUGUUUUGAGUCGGACAAAGUCGUUUCCAAGGGCACCGUCGAGGCCAUUUCUGCCGCGUUUGGUGGCUCUCCCGAGAAAACCAAUAAUCUCUGGAAGAUCUUCUCCAAGCAAUUGCUCACAUACUGCCAUCAGCUCCUGGUUUACGAAACCGUGGAUACCCUGUCUGAUGAGAGGUUUGUGGGGAAAGACGAGAGUCUCGUCAAGUUCAACCGUUCAGUCAACACAGCCAUCCAGAUGCUUAUCAGUCUGGUCACAAGAUACAAUAACGAAGAGAUACAGCUCGAUGACACGGUAUUGACUGAGCUGAUCGAAUCAGACUCAUUUCUUGCAUUCUUUGAGUCGAAAGAUUUGCAGAUCAAAAAGGGCAUGUACAUUCUGUUGCAACGGCUGCUUCAAACAGAGGUGGAUCCAGAGAUAUUCAAGCAUUUGGUGAAAUCCGCAUUCAAGGGACUCAAACUGGAGAAGAUCAACCCAAUCCUGUAUUCAGGCGUGAUUAUCACUCUUUUGGAAGCCAUUUUGUCCAUUUACAAGUACGACGCUUCAGUGGUUGCCUCUGUGAAGAAAUCAGAGCAAAGAAUCUUUGAUCUUCUGAAACUGGGCUCGCUCAAUUCGGACCCUUCAUACUAUACCAUACUCUCAUUUUUACUCGACCAAUUACCCAAGGAUACAGCCACUCAAGAGUCGGUGCUCAGCAUUCUAGAGACCGACGUGUCUAACGAAAAGUUUGCACCGUUCAUUCAGCAUUCCUGGAUCUGCUACAUCGGCUACUGUCAGAAACUCUCUGGAGUGGUGGACCGUAUAAUAAAACAGCUGGUUGUCACAUUGGACUCGAGACGGCUUUUGCCAAACGUUGUUUCUGGUAUCAGUGGAGUCUCCAAAAUAGCCUCAGAUACCGAAGACGUGCUUCUGGAUUUGAAUUCGGAGAUUAUGAACGCUCUUCCUGGACGUGUGAUUGAGUUUGUCGACCUGGAAGUCUCCGUGAAGAAUCAAACUAUAUUUAUCGACAAUUAUGUCAGAGUGCUUUUGGAGGCAGGAUCCGACUACCUGGACGAUCUGGUCACCAACGCUGUGGAGUCGCUUACAGACGUUCAAGACGAGUACGAGCCUCCUGUUCUUGCUUUUGACAUCAUCAGCACUGUUGUCAAGUCCAACAGUGUCCAAUUUAGACCGCAGAUCGAGAUCGCGUUGCAAUAUCUACCAAAAUGCAUCACUCCACAAUUCCUAGAGCCAGUGUUGAACUUGCUCUUGAACAUAUCCAAGUCAAAGUUUAACCUCGAACUACUUGACACUGUGUCUACAAUUGCCGACCAGCUCCAGGAGUCUGAUCUUGAGCUGCUACUGAAAUACGUUGCACAGAUUCCAAAUUUCGACCUGAGUCAAUGCGAAAGACUCAACACAUAUAUCCACGAGAAGUCCAGCUCUUCUGACACUGACGACGUCAUGUUCAAGUUCCUCACUGUGGAUGUGCUGGAAAACAUGUUCAGUAGACUUCCAGAAGACGGGUUUGCUGGGUUUGUGCACAAGUGCAAUUUGCAUUUCCAAAACGAUGUUUUUGUCCCGUUUGCAAAUAAUGCCAGCUUCAUGGCUGCUCUAUGGAAAAGUUCCUCAAAUAGCGACUCUCGUCAGCUGUUGGACAAACUGGAAAAGAAUUUAGGUGACGAGGAGUUUGAAAAUGUGUAUCUUUCCUCGUUGAAAGCAAAUUUGGCUCAGAUUGAUGAAGAGGCUCUGCAACAAAGACUAGCCAAUUAUCCAAAGGAAACCGUCGUCAAACUGAUUCCAGAAGAUUUGGUCGAUGAGCUUGAGAAGUGUGUGGGAGAGAACCCUGACCAACGGCUUGCAAUCUCCAAUAAACUUGGACUUGCCGUUUAUCUGUUCCCCGGUGGAGGGCUUCUUGACCAGCCAGCCAAGUUUUGGAAUCUAUUUGUGAAAGCCGAUUUUUACCUCCAGCUCGCCGAAAAACACCAGCUUCUCACUGACUCGUUGAUAUUCCAGCUUGGUAUGAUCGCCGAGGUGGCCCAAGACUACUUGUUUUUGGGACUUUUGGAGAACGAGACUAAGAUCAACCAGUUCCAGGCUCUGGUGGCUUCCAAAUGGGAAUAUGCCCAAGGACAGCUCGACCAGUUUGUGCAAAACGACCAUUUGGCCAUAUAUGGAGUCUCUGGCCGCUCACCUUCGCUGCAGUUUUACUGUUCCAGAUUCUGGGUGGUUAUCCUCACGAAUAUCUUUGAAACCAUGCAACUGAGCGUGUUUAAUACCUACAACUUUAACAAAGUCACAGACUCUGUCAAAUUGGCCACACUGGUCAUCAGUGCCAACAAGUUCCUCACAGCUUCGUCUUUCGACCGGUUGCGCAACCAAACGUGUGCAGAGUUGGUUGGAGUUCGGGGAUCUUCCAUUGUUUCCAGAGGAUUGCACAGUCUUCUGCUUCUGACUCUCUUCAUUGACUUGGACCUCGACUCUGUGCCUGACCAAUUCCAGUUGUUCCCAGCUCAGCGGUUCGGGAUGAUGCUCAACGGACUGUCAGGGUGGCCCGAUUCUGAACUGGCCUACGAGAGCUCGUUUGUGCCUGUCAGAACGGUACUUUCCCGGUUCGUGGAGCUGUACAUUAAAAACAUCUACUACGUCUGUGACUCGGACUAUCCGUCUGACUUUAUCGACAAGGUGUUCUCGCUCGGCGCUGGUCUCUGCUCUGACUCGUUGAGUAUGCUCAAUUCUGGGGAAACAGACCUGAUUUUGGAGUACCAAACUCUUAAAACGUUUACGGUGCUUCACCAACACAGUGAAAAGAUAGACUGGGACGAGAACGAGCUGUUUUCCGAUCUUGUGGACAUUCUGUUCAAACCUAUGCACUCUGGCCAGAUCGAGCUGCUGAUCCAGUCUCUUAUUGGCCGGAUAUUUGUGGAUAUCGUGCCUACAUCUUCGUACAAGCCACGAUUCGACGACCUACUGCCUCUGGUGUCGUCGCCGAAUAUCGAAAGCCAGAAACUAGGUGUCAGCUUGCUGCACAAACUGGUUCCAGAGAUCCAGGACGAGCUGGUUGUGGAAGCCACAUUGAACCAGGACGAGGAGACCAAGUUGCCAGAACCCCUGGUGAACAACACAACGCUGCUUCCAGACGAGGAUCAGGCGGCUCUGAACAAGUUCCUAUGGAGCUGGUAUCUGAUAUUCGACCACUUCAAGAACAUCACCCAAAAGAUUAGACAGGACUACAUAUCUGAGAUUGGCGAGGACCGGUUUGGCCAGUUCCUCGACUUCAUCUUCGACAUGGACUUGAAACCAACAGAGGACAACAAACGUGCUAUUCUGCACUACUCGGUUGCCACCGGCGACGAGGACGACCUGAUCUACCAUCUGAUGUACCUGUUCUGCAAGUACGUUGGUGGUAGCACGGCCCAGACGUGGUUCCAGUCCCUUAGAAACAAGCAGCACAAGUCCCAGGUGGAGACUUUUGUCACCAAGAAUAUCAGUCCGUUGCUGAUCGACGAGACCCUUGCCGGACUUUCGCAGAAAGGAAACUUGGAGGACUCCGAGUUCAGCAUUAAAUUGAACCGUACCACUAACGAGGUGCGGUGUAUCUACGAGAUUGACGAGCAAAAGCUGGAAAUGACAAUUAUGCUACCAAAUAACUACCCAUUAUCGGCAAUUACCGUCAACGGAGCCUCGAGGCUCGGUGUUGACGAGAAGAAGUGGAAGUCGUGGAUCCUGUCGUGCCAGUACGUGAUCAACUUCCAGAACGGAACCAUCUUGGAAGCUAUCCAGCAUUUCAAGAACAAUGUCAAGGCCAACUUCGACAACUACGAGGAUUGUGCAGUGUGCUAUUCUAUUUUGCAUGUGAUAGACCACUCUACCCCAAACAAGGUGUGCUCGACAUACAAAGUUGAAGCUCGAGAGCAUGCUCGAGUUCCAGAAAAGAGGCGUGCUGAUGUUGUCUAUCGUGCAAACAAACUGGAUCUGGGGGAUCCCUGCCAGCUCACUGAUCACCUGCUGCAUUCUGUCUGUGCGCAACGAGUCGCCGUCGAUGUUGUUGAUGAGCAGGACCAGCUGCACGUGCUGGCCUUGUUGGUUGAAGUUGUCCUUGAUAUUGGACAGUGUUUCGUGGAUGUGUGGAGCAAUGGCGUUCUUAAUGCCGAAGACCGUCUCUUGGACCGCCGUGAGCAGCGUCUUGACACGGAAAUCCGGAUUGUACCCGUUCACAACCAGGCAUUUCACGUUCUUGGACCGUGGUAG